CCGGCUUUCUCUCCGUGCUUUGCUCCCACCCCUCGUCUCCCCUGCGCUCCACCAGCUCUUCCUGCCGCCCCACCCGACCCGCCCGCCCGCCUUUCCAGGCGCGUCCCGCAGGGGUUGCGCGCUCGGCAGCUCACGCCGUGGGAUCGGCUCUGGAGUGACUCACCUGAGAUUCCUCCAGAACUGAGCCCUUUGCUGGACCCAUGUCCCAGUCUGUGUCCUCAUGACUAGGUGGAUAGCACUCCUCGUGCCUGCCACCCAGAACCCUGGCUGGCCACGUUGAAGCAGGAUGCUCCAGCAGGUGAAUGGCCACAGGUCAGGCCCUGAUGGCCAUGGCAGAAAAGUCCUUGGAGAAGACCUGAAGGAGUUCCUGGGCCAGGAGGCCCCGCUGCACAUGCUGGAUGACCUCACCAAGGUGAAUCCUGUGACGCUGGAGACAGUCCUGAGGUGUUUGCAGGCCCGGUACAUGGCAGACACGUUCUACACCAAUGCUGGCUGCACCCUGGUGGCUCUGAACCCCUUCAAGCCCAUGCCUCAGCUCUACUCGUCAGAGCUAAUGCAGGAGUACCACGCUGCUCCUCAGCCCCAGAAACUGAAGCCCCACAUCUUUACUGUGGGUGAACAGACCUACAGGAAUGUCAAGAGCCUGAUUGAGCCAGUCAACCAGUCUAUUAUUGUCAGUGGAGAGAGUGGUGCUGGAAAGACAUGGACGUCCCGUUGCCUGAUGAAGUUCUACGCUGUGGUGGCUGCCUCACCUACCUCCUGGGAGAGUCAUGAGAUUGCAGAGAGGAUCGAGCAGCGUAUCUUGAACUCCAACCCUGUCAUGGAAGCUUUCGGGAACGCGUGCACGCUGAGGAAUAACAACAGCAGUCGCUUUGGGAAGUUCAUCCAGCUCCAGCUGAACAGGGCCCAGCAGAUGACUGGAGCGGCAGUCCAGACCUACCUCCUAGAGAAAACUCGCGUGGCCUGCCAGGCCUCCAGCGAGAGGAACUUCCACAUCUUCUACCAGAUCUGCAAAGGCGCCAGUGAGGACGAGAGGCUGCAGUGGCACCUCCCCAAGGGAGCCACCUUCUCCUGGCUGCCCAACCCAGAGAGGACCUUGGAAGAGGAUUGUUUUGAGGUGACCAGAGAGGCCAUGCUUCAUCUAGGCAUCAAAAUCUCGACCCAGAACAACAUCUUUAAGGUCCUUGCUGGACUGCUGCACCUCGGCAACAUCCGGUUUGCUGACUCCGAGGAUGAAGCCCAGCCCUGCCAGCUGCUGGACGGUGCCCAGUGCUCUGUCAGGACAUCGGCCACAUUGCUGUGGCUCCCAGAAGACCCACUGCUGGAGACACUGAGGAUUAGAACCAUCAGGGCAGGGAGGCAGCAGCAGGUGUUCCGGAAGCCCUGUUCCCGAGCCGAGUGCAACACCCGCAGAGACUGUCUGGCCAAACUAGUCUACGCACGGCUGUUUGACUGGCUGGUAGCAGUGAUCAACAGCAGCAUCUGUGCAGGCCCUGACUCCUGGACCACUUUCAUAGGCCUGCUGGAUGUGUACGGAUUUGAGUCAUUUCCCGACAACAGCCUAGAACAGUUGUGCAUCAACUAUGCCAAUGAGAAGCUGCAGCAGCACUUUGUGGCUCACUACCUAAGGGCUCAGCAGGAGGAAUAUGCAGCCGAGGGCCUGGAGUGGUCAUUUGUCAACUACCAGGACAACCAGACCUGUUUGGAUCUCAUCGAGGGGAGCCCCAUCAGCAUCUGCUCCCUCAUAAAUGAGGAAUGCCGCCUUAACCGGCUGAGCAGUGCGGCCCAGCUCCAGACACGCAUCGAAAGUGCCCUGGCAGGCAGCCCCUGCCUGGGCCACAACAGGCUCAGCCGGGAGCCCAGCUUCAUCGUGCUGCACUAUGCGGGGCCUGUGCGGUACCACACCGCAGGCCUGGUGGAAAAGAACAAGGACCCUGUCCCUGCUGAACUGACCAUGCUCCUGCAGCAGUCCCAGGACCCCCUGCUCAAGGUGUUGUUUCCUACUGACCCUGAAGAGAAGUCACAGGAGGAGCCCUGUGGCCAGAGCAGGGCCCCCGUGCUGACAGUGGUGUCCAAGUUCAAGGCCUCCCUGGAGCAGCUUCUGCAGGUCCUGCACAGCACCACACCCCACUACAUUCGCUGCAUCAAGCCCAACGGCCAGGGCCAGGCACAGACCUUCCUCCGGGAGGAGGUCCUGAGCCAGCUGGAGGCCUGUGGCCUCGUGGAGACCAUCCACAUCAGUGCCGCCGGCUUCCCCAUUCGGGUUUCUCACCAGAACUUUGUGGAACGAUACGAACUACUGAGAAGGCUCCGUCCUCGCACAGCGCCUGGCCCCCAGAGCCCAUCUCCUAAUGAAGGGCACUCAGAAUGGUCUCCACACACCAAAGAGGCCUCGCUGCGCCCUCUACUCCAGGACAUCCUCCGCACUCUGCCUACUCUGACUCGGACAGCAGCCACACCCGGCGCCCCGGCUGAGGCCACGCCAGACCCAGUGCACUGUGGCAGGACCAAGGUGUUCAUGACUGACUCCGUGCUGGAGCUCCUGGAGCAUGGGCGUGCCCAGGUGAUGGAGCAGUGUGCGCGCUGCAUCCAGGGCGGCUGGAGGCGACACCGGCACCGCAAGCAGGCGAGGCAGAGGCGGGCUGCUGUGCUCAUCCAGGCAGCCGCUCGUUCCUGGUUAACUCGGAAACGCAUCCAGAGGCUGCACACGGCUGCCACGGUCAUCAAGCGCGCGUGGCAGCGGUGGAGAAUCAGAAUGGCCUUCCUUGCUUCUAAAGAACUGGAUGGUGUAGAAGAAAAACACGUGUUUCAAGCUCCCCACCCCUCCGGCUCCUUCCUACUGCCCCAGACACAGACCUGGCUCCUAGGGGCAAUAAUCCGCCUCUGGCCUCUGGGACUGGUCCUGGCCAACGCGACCGUGGGUGUCCGCGGCUUUCAGAGGAAACUGGUGGUCUGGGCCUGCCUCCAGCUCCCCUCCGGCAGCCCCGGUAGCUGCCCCGUCCAGACAGCACAAGAACAAGAUGGCGUCACGUCCAUCCGAGCGCUGCCUCAGGGCUCGAUAAAGUUUCACUGCAGAAAGUCUCCACUGCGCUAUGCUGACAUCUGCCCUGAACCUUCGUCCUACGGUGUUACUGGCUUUAAUCAGAUUCUGCUGGAAAGACACACACUGGGCCACGUGUGAUCUCGUCUCACCUUCUCUCCUCACCUGGCUGGGCGAUCUGCGUGCCUUUGUUUCCACAGUGCUUUUUCCUGCCAGCUACCUUGCCAAAGACCUUUCAUUGACACAAAGCUGCCAAACUACUCCCACAGUGACUGCAAGGCCUAUGGCGUGACGGCCCUGCCUGCCUGCGAGCCAGGGCUCCACCCAUGUCUCAGCACCGACAGGGGGUCAGGGUGAGUAGUCACCAAAUCAAGAUUAAAAACCAUCGGAGCCAUAGAGAAGUUCGCAUUUUUACUACUUCACGGAUCCAACUCCAAUCAAACGAGACUGAGAGUUGUCUGUCACUACAGUGGAGCACCCCCCACCGUGACAAACCGAACAGGCAGCUUGAUAUCAGCUCUAAAAUUUUGGCUGGGGAAAUUCUGUUUAGUUCCUUAAAAAGGAACAAAACCUUACUAUUUAAUAUGUUGUUGACUUAUUUAAUUUCAAGCAAUUAGAUCACAAACCAGGGAUGAUGAACAAUGCAGUGUGCCAUAGAGCCAC